UUCUUGCUUCCAUGCCCCUUGUUGUCAAAAUUCGAGGGAAACGCGACACGGAAAAACUUUUAUUUUUGUUGCGGAAAAUCGUGAAAAAUGUCCGUAAGCGAAUAUGAAAGUGCGGUUGUUAAUAAUUUUAAGAUAUCCGAGGAUAUUAAGGAUGAUAUUGUGUAUUGCCAGAAAGUCCUGCGGGAUUACAUAAAAGUACAUCAGAUUUGUGCAAUCCGGAUGGUCAAAAAUGCCCUGAGUAGGAACAAUCUGUCGAUCCUGAAGCAAUUGGAGAAUGAUAUUCGGGAUUUGAUGAAGGAUCAGCGGGAUUUGAUUGUGCGAUUGCGCGAGGAUAUUGAGAAGCAUCACAAAGCGUGCCAGAUGAGUGAUACUCCGCUGGAUACAAAUCUCUACAAUGCCUAUCUUUCGAAGCAUCUGUACUAUCACUUUGAGAAUACCUUUGCAAAUGUGGAGCCCGUGAGCAUCCGCCGGAGGUUUACGGACUCUGAACUUAUGCGGAAGUACGGACUGGAGAGCUCAUCGACACCGACUACCCCGCAGAAAGGGCAGAUAUCACUGCUGAAGCCCAAAAAUGAGAGGUUAUCCCUGGGUGGGGCAUCACGUGGCGGGGGUGGGAUUCGGGGGCAGCAGCAGCAGAUGAAGGCAAAACGCAAAAAGAUGCGGAAUAAAAAUCAAUACUUCCGCGGAGCUAAUGCAGUAAAGAGGAGCCGUAUGAAGCUCCUGGCUGCCCUGAAGAAUGCCAAAAGUAUGCGAGAUAAGCAUGUGACACCGCCGCGUGGCAUAAAGGACGAAAGCGAUACGGAAUCAUCGCCGAGCAAUUCGCAAUCAUCUGUAACACCAUCCGAAGAGGAUCAGGUUUUUAUGCCACUCGUGGACCUCCCGCCUGAACUCCCGGAGCCGUCCACGUACAAUCAGGAGUCAUUCUUGCGCUUCUUCGGCCUCUACACGCAUUCCUACAACGAUGCACUGAAGAAUCGUCGUCCGGAACGCCGGAAGCGCAACAUUCAGAGCACGGCACGCACGGAUUUUCACUACGACUUUCAAGAUCUCGUUUCACUCCGCCCCAGUGGGGCACGCGGACGGCGUCAGUUGCAUUGGAAGGCCCAGAGAUUGUCAAAUGAGGAGAAGACAUCGGUGGCAUCGACACCACAAAGUCGAUCGUCCACAUCUUCACCCACGGAGAUUACACCCCCACCGCCUGUUUGCGUCAUUUGCUCACGCCCCGGGGAGCAUCAGCUCAAGUCCUGUGACUUUUGCACCAAUCUCUUCCACGUAAUCUGCCAUGAUCAGGCCUACAGCACGACUGACUACCGCCCCGGGGAGUUUGUCUGCCCAUCCUGCAUGAGUGUCCGGAAGCGCAUCAAUACCAAUGACGAAGAAGUCCUUGGGGUCUAAUCUAAUAAAGCUCUGACAUUUGAGAUGUUUAAUCAAUUUUAUUGUAAUCAAAUAAAUCAAAUAUAAAUCAAUUUCUCACGAAA